UGGGGCUGUGCAGUGCUGUGCUGGUGCAGUGCUGUGGGCUAUGGCGGAGGGGGACGCGGACGCGGCUGUGAGGCGGCGCAGUGCACAGGACGCUAUGGACUUUGGGAGGGAGUAUGAUGUAAGGACAGAAGCACAACAGUAUCCAUAUCCUCUGACCCUCAAUGAGAAGCAUAAUGGGCUCCACCGGCAGCCUGACCCGAUGGACACUCUCUCACCUUUCACACCCAGAUUGCUCCCAGGUGGAAAGACUGACGUUCGACUGCAUAGAUUUUCACAAAGCUCAAGUGAUCACCUUCUGGCAGACUGGCCUGCUAGGAACAUGACCUCUACUCCAACCCAACAUCAUUCAUCUGGUGAAGCACUCACUUGCACGACCUGUCUACUGACCACAAAAACCACUCUGUUAGCAGAAAAUGAAGUUGAAGCGCACAAACUGGCCAACAACUACAAGUUUGGGUUUAAGAAAUGGAAAAGUCACGUAACUCAGAGGCCAUGGGAAGACCGUUCUGCAAUAGUCAAGGAGCUGUAUUCUGAUCUAAACGUCCUCAAGCAUUCAGGAACAUUGUUCACCUGUGGAAAUCUCUUAUACGUGCUGCUGUUCGGAUGGUGGGUUUCGCUGCUGUACCUUCUGGUGUCUGCACUAAUGUUUAUUACGAUUGUGGGAAUACCUUAUGGGAAGUUGUGCUGCAGUCUCGCUGGGUUUUACUUCUGGCCAUUUGGCAAAGUGAUUCAAAAGCCAUUUAGCUAUCCCAGGAAAGGCAGUGUCCAGUAUUACAAUGAGGUUAUCCCCGAGGUCAACGCUGAGACCACAGCCCUUCUCAAUGUCCACGAAAGGAUAGUAGAUGACAGAACACCUCCGGCUGCACCAGUUCAGCCCAGUCGCUGGCGCCUUCCUUCCACUUAUGUGUGGCUGUUCUUGGGAUAUCCUCUGCUUGUGAUUGCCCACAGUAUAGCUUCCUUCAUCGCUUGGAUCCUGGUUUUCACCAUUCCAGUAGCUAAGCUGAAUGGCCGAGCCAUCACUGUCAUCCUGCUGAUACCCCCUGAGCAGGUUCAGAUCAGAAACCCCAGGAGGACGGAAGUUCCAUUGGAUGGAGAAGUGAUCCUGGUCUGCUACCAAGCAAUGAAUUUCUACUAUUACAAAUACACAGUGGUUGGCAUUAAUGUGUUUGCUGUUAAUCUGUUGCCUCUUGUAGCGGUUGCUCUAGUUUUGGGGUACGCAGAUACAGAGAAUCACUACGCCAGCUCCUCUGUGAAGUUUAUGCUCUCCAUUUUGUCCAUAAUUCCUCUGUCCUACUACAUUGGAAUGGCAAUAGCCAGUAUUUCAGCCCAGAGUAACUUUGCAGUGGGCGCUGUAGUGAAUGCUACGUUUGGAUCGAUCACUGAGCUAACCUUCUACAUAACGGCUCUGAUCAAAGGCGCCAAUAAGGACAACAAGUGCUAUGAGGAAGUGGUCAAAAGUGCUUUGACCGGCACCUUGCUGGGAUGUGUCCUCUUUAUUCCAGGGAUAUCUAUGGUGAUUGGAGGAUGCAAGCACCAGGAACAGAGAUUCAAUAGCCGAUCAGCUGGUAUCAGUUCAGCGUUACUCUUCAUAUCCGUGGGAGGUGUUUUUGCUCCAACUCUGUUCUCCAAGACUUAUGGGAGUCUUGUAUGUCAAGAUUGCAACAGCACGUCACCGAAUGAGUCUGCUCCCUUUGAGUGUGUCAACUGUCACUAUAACGUGAUCCUGAACGGCACCUUAUUUGAAAGUCACAUCCAGCCCCUGAUUUACACUGUGUCAAUCCUACUCCCUGCGUCGUACUUGAUCGGACUCAUUUUUGCACUGAAGACCCACACGCACAUCUAUGAUAUUCACAUCAGUGACUGUCACGUUCCAGGUCACAGCCACAGUAUUGUAGUUCACUGGUCACGAUGGAGAGCAGUGGUCCUGCUUGUUGUAGCCACAGUUUUCAUGUCUGCCUGUGCAGAAUUAGUGUCCGAGCACAUCAGUCCCUUGUUAUCUAGCUCUGCAAUCUCACCGUACUUUCUUGGUGUCACUAUCUUGGCAAUGGUCCCUGAGCUUCCAGAGAUUGUAAAUGGAAUCCAGUUUGCUCUGCAGAACAACAUCAGUCUGAGCCUUGAAGUUGGAAGUUCUAUAGCAGUCCAAGUGUGCAUGUUGCAAAUUCCAAUCCUCGUACUCUUUAAUGUAAUUUAUCCUGUAGGUUUUGUUCUACUCUUUAGUGAUCUUCACCUCUGGGCUUCAAUCUUCAGUGUCAUUUUAAUGAAUUACAUCUUCAUGGAUGGCAAGUGUGACUAUUUCCAGGGUACAGCACUGGUGGUGGUCUACUUUAUUAUUAUAGCCAUGUAUUUCUUUGCUCCAUCGCAUGGUUUGUGCUGAAGACUUUUCUUCUACUGGACUAUUUGUACUGAGCCACUUCUUGAGGAGAAUUGUCAACCGGCACCAGUCAGGCUUUAUAUAUUCUACUCCAUUUGCACUAUUUGCUAGGAGAUGAGAUGGAUUGAUCUCAAAGUGAGACAUGUUGCUGCAUUUUUUUUUAAAAGUUUACUCUUAACGUGAGUGACCGGGGAAGGAGAUGGAACUCGAAUGAAUUCAGAAUUGGACACAAAUGACCAACUGAAGACUAACACUCCAGCCCAGUUCUCCUGAUGGUUCUCUCAAAACAUUCAAGAUCAUCCAGAGGAGAGAAUGCAUUGACCCCCCAUUCUCUCUAAUGAACUUAGAAGAUCUCGAUGGUGAAGCAGUGCUGGUUUAUAUCCAGUUACCAUUACUUUGAAGAUUCCACAAUAGCAGGUGGUACUGUUUAUCUUGUCAUUUCCUAUGUUAAAUUUAUCUUGAAGAGAAAUGUAUUUUUGUUGGAAGGAACUACUAAUUCAUACAGUAAGGACAGCAUUGGGUUGAGCAGUUUUUGUAUUUCAAAUAAAAUGACAAUUUCCAAUGUG